AGAAGAUCAAGAAGUGACUGAAGUAAGCAAGUCAGAACUUGGCGAUAACCACAAAAGGAGGCGCUAUGCUUUUAAGGUGGACCUGGCGCAUUCCAGGUAACAUAUACUGUAAUCAAAGCCACACUGAAUCCCCGUGGGCAAAUUCUUCUAACAAGAAAACAGCAGAGACCUGACGGGUGCUUCCCAAAAAAGGAAAUUUAAAACAGACUGUCAAAAGAAAACUUCGCUGUGGAGACUUUGAAAGAAUGCCACAUAGAGGUGGGAGGGUUGCCAUAUUUACACAAGAAACCCUCAUUGUGGAUAUGGUUCGUGAGAACAACCUCAUCAGACUCCGGGAGAUCAGAGACAAAGUCAUUGCCGAUAAUGUCAACUUUGAGAGCAUUGAUGAUGUCAGCUUGGCCACAAUAGACCGAGUUCUCUGGCGCCAAAAGAUGCGGAUGAAACAGGUCUAUAGGGUUCCCUUUGAGCGCAACUCUGUGCGACACAAAGACCUACGUUACGAGUAUGUGCAAAGGAUAUAACAGUUGGACGCGAUGGCCAGACCUCAUGAGUACCUCUUCCUGGAUCAGGCUGGCUUCAACCUGCAGAAACGAAGGCAAAGAGGCCGUAACAUCAUUGGCCAAAGAGCCAUCACUGAGGGUUCUGGCCAACGGGGGGGUAAUAUUACUCUUUGUGUGGCCAUGGGUUCGAAGGGGCUUGUCCACCGGCAUGCUGUCCUUGGGUCUUACAACAUCCAACGUCUCCUCACCUUCCUAGAGGAGCUAAAAGACAUCCUCCUGGACUGCCAACAACACCAUCCUGGGCUCGCACAUCACAUUUAUGUGAUCAUUUGGGACAAUGUCCGCUUCCACAGAACAAACCAAAUCAGAGAGUGGUUCACCACCAACAGUAACCACUUUUUAAAUGUCUGUCUGUCACCCUACUCCCCUUUCCUGAACCCUAUAGAGGAGUUCUUCUCAUCGUGGAGAUGGAAGGUUUAUGACAGACAACCAUACACUAGAGAGAACCUGCUAAGGGCAAUGGAGUUGGCCUGUGUUGACAUCCCAGUGGAGGCCUUCCAAGGAUGGAUUCGCCAUUCCAGGGCGUUUUUCCCGCGGUGCCUGGCAAGAGACAAUAUAGCCUGCGAUGUGGAUGAGGUGAUGUGGCCCGAUGCAGCUCAGCGACAUGAUGCCGCACAGUGAUUGUGGUGUGUGUGUGGUGUGAAUAAAGUAAAUAAAAAAACUUCACAGAUUCUGUUUUUACAUUAAGUUGUGUUACAGUAGUGUACAUGCAGACUUUUCUAUAGAUUUAUACUCUUCAUAUGAAACUCACAAAUCUAAAUGCCUAAUCCUCUGCAGAGAUCUAAGAAGAUCCGUUACUGUAAAGUUUCUGAAAAUAUGCAUUGGCAGUUAUGAAACAAAGAACCUUCUCACAAAUUGAGCAUUGUGUUUUCAAUUGUUUUGCUGUAGUGUGUAAUGAUGUGUAUAGUGUUUACAUUUUUGAAAGCUUCGAGUUGUUCUUUUGGUGUGAACGUUUGAGUUUUGAAGUGAGAAGGUGUGGUUGUGUUUAUGUAGCUUUAGAAAAGGGUGUUGUGUUUAGACAUUGGGGAACAUGGUGGAAACGUUUGUGAAAUGUGUUUUAGCA